AUGACGUUCAUUGGAUCAGCAGCAUUUCCUAAAUUGAUUGCUUUGAAGAUUUCUGUUGACGUGGAGCAGAAUACAUCUAUUACCCACUGUCUGAGAGACUUCAGCAACGCAGAAACACUGUGUAGUGAACAGACCUGUUACUGUCAAAUGUGCUGGAGGAAGCAGGAGGCCCAGAAAAGGAUGAGAGUGAAAAAGCUGCCCAUGAUUUUGGCCCCGCACCUGAAGCGGUUCAAGUACAUGGAGCAGCUCCACAGGUACACCAAGCUGUCUCACCAGGUGGUCUUCGCCCUGGAACUCUCCCUCUUCAGCACUUCCAGCGAUGUCGUGCAAAUGGACCACAUGUACGACUUGGUGGCUGAGGUGGUUCACUAUGGCAGUGGUCCUAAUCCCCGGCAUUGUAUUACUAUUGUGAAGAGUCGUGGCUUUGGGCUUUGGUUUGAUGAUGACAUUGUAGAGAAAAGAGAUGCCCAAGUUAUUGAGGAACUCUAUGGCCUGGCAUCAGAUGUAUCAAAAAAUUUAGAAUCUGGAUAUAUUUUAUUCUAUCAGUCAAGAGAAUAA